GGGACCCACACCGACAUCACCACCACCGCCUCAUAAACGAGUAAGAGACGUGGAUUCAUAAACCUCCACGAAGGAUCCGAAAGUAAUCCUCAAAAACCCCGAGAUUCUCGGAAUCAGACCCCCAUUUCUCACUCCGUGCAGUCUCGGAUUCUCUCCAUGGCCUCGUCGGCGCGUGCAAUACACUGCGAGCUUAGGUCGCAGAAACCCGCUCUCACGAGGGGAGAACCGGCGGUUCCGAUUCCGGUUCAGGUUCAGGUUCCGGUUCCGAAAGCCAAGCCGGCCGAAUCGGAUGGAGCGAAGAUCGUGUUGCAGCCUCGGCUGUGUAAUCUGAGAUCGUACGGCUCGGAUCGAGUCGGGGUGAUUAGGACGAGAAGGGACGGUGGAGAUGGAGGUGGUGACGUGUCGCCGUUCUUUGCGACUCUUUCGGAGUAUAUAGAGAGCUCGAGGAAGAGCCAUGACUUCGAGAUCAUCUCCGGUCGCCUUGCCAUGAUUAUAUUUGCAGCAACGGUGACAACGGAGUUGGUGACUGGAAACUCGUUAUUCAGAAAGAUGGAUGUUCAAGGCAUUGCUAAAGCGGGUGGGGUGGGUUUGGGGGCCGUUGCUUGCGCUGCCGUCUUUGCAUGGUUCUCUAGCGCCCGAAGUAAAGUGGGUCGGAUCUUCAGCAUCGGCUGUAACACUUUUAUCGAUUCCCUAAUCGAUCAGGUCGUCGAUGGCUUAUUCUAUGAAGGUGAUCCCGAUGAUUGGUCUGAUGAGAUUUGAGACAUGAUUCAUCACCCAGAUUGCCAUUUUGAAGUUUCUUCUAACACCUAAAGAUAUCCCAGAAAUCGCAUUAUAAAUUGGACUAUAUUGUAAUUAUACCUAGAGCUUGCAUAUAAUAUAUAGAUGUUAUACUA